AUGAAUUUUAUCUCGGAAAAGGAGAUAGUUAAAAAGAGAGAGGAAAAUGGUGAUGAAGAAGGCAAUUCUGAUCAACAACCUGAUUAUCGCCCUUUAUAUGAACGUUUAAAAGAAGUGAGGGAUAAAAAACAACUCGAAUGGGAAGAAGAACACACUCUAAAAAAUCAGUUCAGCGUCACUCGUGGAAUUGAUGAAGGCGAUGCUGAUUUUCUUGAACAAGUAGAUAGAGUUAGAACAGAACAAGAAGUUAAAAAAAGGAAAGAAGAAUUGGAACUUGUGAAAAUGGCAAAACAACAAAACUGUUUUAUCCCGCUUGAACAACAACCUCCACUUCUUGAACGCCCACAAAAGCCAGUUACGAGUAACAAAAGUGCAAAUAAACAAGCGAGUCUUGUGUCUUCUCUGAUUAGAAAGAGGUCCCAUUCUAGAACAAGUACAGAAGACGAAGGAUGUAAUCAAAAAAUUAAAAAGAAUUCCUUUGCUUCAGAUGACUCUUCACAAGGAAGUACUUCAACUGCUACUUCGUUUAAUGAGUGUUUACUGAAAAAGAACGAAGAAAAUCUUUCUAAACCUUCAAAAGGACUAAUUUCGUCAGUUUUGGACUACUCUGACACGAGCGAUGAGGAAGAUGAAGAGAAGAUUGGUAGAAAAAUUGAAGAGGAAACAACAAAUUGCCAAUUGCUUAAAAAUUCUCCACAAAAUAGGAAGACUAAUUAA